AUGGCUCGUGAUGGCCACGGGGCCUUCGGUUUCAUCCCGGUCUUCCUCCUCGGGUUGGGGCUGCUCCUCGCCAUCGCGUCGCCGGCGCGAGCCGCGGAGGAGGGCAACGAAGUAGACGAGCGUCCUAACGGGAAUUUCGUCUACAAGAAGGAGAGAACGACCCCAUGGGUGCCGGAGGAGGAUGAGUCCCGUAUCAUCGGUGGGAAGCCCUGCUCCAUCACCCAGAGACCUUUCCAAGUCGCCCUCACCAAGAGGGGCCAAAUCCUGUGUGGUGGAAGCCUGAUAGCCUCCCAAUGGGUCUUGACGGCCGCCCACUGCAAGCAGCCAGCCAGGGACAUCAGGGUGUUGAUCGGGACGGACACGCUCCGGGAUGGCACCGGGGAAGUGAGGAGCAUCUCCCACUUCGCCGUCCACCCGGCCUACAACCCCCGCAAGAACGACAAUGACUUCAUGCUCCUGAGGCUGGACAGGCCCGUGCGGUUCGGCGACAACAUCAAGAAGAUCAGGUUGGCCACCAGGUGUCCCAUGGACGGCAUGAGGUGCAGCGUCUCCGGCUGGGGCACCACCAAGUCCCCUGGAGCGAAGCUGCCCAAGAACCUGCAGUGCGCUGGCAUCGUGGCCUUCGGGAGGAGGAAGUGCACAAGGGCCUACGGCAGCAACACCAUCACCCGCAACAUGUUCUGCGCCGGGGUCCCGCAGGGGGGCAUCGAUUCCUGCCAGGGCGACUCGGGGGGCCCGCUGGUCUGCAACGGGCGGCUCCAGGGCGUCGUCUCGUGGGGCAUGGCCGUGUGCGGGCGCAAGGGGCAGCCCGGCGUCUACUCCAACGUGUGCCGGGCCGUCCCGUGGAUCUACCGCUACAUCCGCGGGCAGAGGCCUCACUACACCCCAGGAGACCCUGUUGAGGCCUUAGGAGGCCCCAGGAGGCCUCACUACACCCCAGGAGACCCUGUUGAGGCCUUAGGAGGCCCCAGGAGGCCUCACUACACCCCAGGAGACCCUGUUGAGGCCUUAGGAGGCCCCAGGAGGCCUCACUACACCCCAGGAGACCCUGUUGAGGCCUUAGGAGGCCCCAGGAGGCCUCACUACACCCCAGGAGACCCUGUUGAGGCCUUAGGAGGCCCCAGGAGGCCUCACUACACCCCAGGAGACCCUGUUGAGGCCUUAGGAGGCCCCAGGAGGCCUCACUACACCCCAGGAGACCCUGUUGAGGCCUUAGGAGGCCCCAGGAGGCCUCACUACACCCCAGGAGACCCUGUUGAGGCCUUAGGAGGCCCCAGGAGGCCUCACUACACCCCAGGAGACCCUGUUGAGGCCUUAGGAGGCCCCAGGAGGCCUCACUACACCCCAGGAGACCCUGUUGAGGCCUUAGGAGGCCCCAGGAGGCCUCACUACACCCCAGGAGACCCUGUUGAGGCCUUAGGAGGCCCCAGGAGGCCCCAUGACACCCCAGGAGACCCCAUCGAGGCCCCAGGAGGCUCCACGACAGCCAGGCUGGCGCGGGCCCACUUUGCCCCGGGCCGGGGUGUGCCGGGGAGGGCGUGUGACCGCCCCGACAGGCCUCAGCUCUGCUCCCGCGGGAGGCCCUGGGCCCCGGCCCAGGCGGGGCCGGCGAAGGGAUUUAAGGGGCUGGGCCCCGCACCUCUGCACCCUCCUCUUCCUCCCCGACCCUGCCCGCCAUGGAGCGCCUCCUGCCGCUCCUGCUCCUGGCCGCCGGUGAGGCCCUGGGGGACACCGGGAAUGAACCGGGGUGGCUGCCAGAAGAGGCGUCACCCCUACCAGGUGGUGCUCCUGGGGCCCCAGAAGAACAUCCACUGUGGCGGGGUCCUCAUCGACAAGUUCUGGGUGCUCACGGCCGCCCACUGCAACACCAACAGGCCUUCGUCCACCCCGGCUACAACCCCACGAGCCACGACAGCGACAUCAUGCUCCUCAAGCUCCAGAAGCCGGCCCGCUUCACCGAGCACGUGCGGCCCGUGGCCUUGGCCAAGCGCUGCCCCCCGCCCAACACCGAGUGCAUCGUCUCGGGCUGGGGCAGCACCAGCAGCCCCGAAGGGUACUUCCCCGACAUCCUCCAGUGCGGCGUGGUCUACACGAUGCCCAACGAGGAGUGCGCCAAGCUCUACCCCAAGGGCAUCACCAAGAACAUGCUCUGCGCUGGCCUCAGCACGGGAGGCACCGACUCCUGCCAGGGGGGUCUCACCAGGGGCCGCCUCUGUCCCGCAGGGAGACUCGGGGGGCCCGCUCGUGUGCCAGGAGGAGCUGCAGGGCAUCGUGUCGUGGGGCAUGCAGGUGUGCGGGCGGCGGGGCAAGCCGGGCGUCUACACCCGCGUCUGCGCCUUCACCGACUGGAUCCGGGACACCAUCAAGAGGAACAGUCACGCGUCGCCCGGAAGCCGACCAACCACCGCGAGGCAGCCCGAAGCGAGCCGGCCAAUCAGCAAGCGGCAAAGCGAGGGCGUCCGGGCGAGGCGGCGCCGAGGGAUUAAGGAAGGAGGCGUCGAGGCGUCCUGGGGCGGGACGAGCCGGGCCGGCCCCGACGCCGCUAUAAAAGCGCCCGAGCUCACGUGGGAGGGCCGGGCGGGAGCCGACGCGACGGGGCCAGCAGCGAUGGAGGCGAGAGCGGCGCCGGCCCCAGCGUCCUCGGCCGCGGACCUGACGCGCAUCGUGGGCGGCAUGGACUGCGUGGCCCACUCGCAGCCCUGGCAGGUGGCCAUCCUCGACAUGUCCAAGCUCUACUGCGGCGGCGUCCUCGUGGGCAGGCAGUGGGUGGUGACGGCCGCUCACUGCACCAUGCCGGGGGUCACCAGCAUCCGCCUGGGCAAGCACAACCUCUUCACGCGGGAGUCGGGCGAGCAGCUCAAGCGGGUGCUCAAGUCGUUUCCGCACCCCGACUACGACCCCACCACCAAGAACAACGACAUCAUGAUGCUGAAGCUCGGGACACCCGUCACCCUCAGCGACAGGGUCCAGGUCGUCCCCGUGGCCAGCUGCCCCCCGGAGGCCGGAGCCUCCUGCGUCACCUCGGGAUGGGGGGCCACCUCCUCCCCGGAAGUCACUUACCCGGACGUCUUGCAGUGCGUCAACGUCACCAUCUUCUCCACGGCCACGUGCCAGCAGUUGUACCCCAGCUACAUCACGGAGAACAUGCUGUGCGCCGGGAGCCUCAGCGGCGGUAGGGACUCCUGCCAGGGUGACUCCGGGGGACCUCUGGUUUGCAACGGGACCCUCCAAGGCAUCGUGUCCUGGGGCAUGGAGAAAUGCGGGCAGCCCAAGAGACCCGGCGUCUACACCAAGGUCUGCAGAUUCGCCCAGUGGAUCCAGGACAUCAUGAGGGACAACAACCACAUCCAGGUGCGCGCGGGGGCGCAGAGCCUGGCCCAGCCGUCCUCCAACGACCAGUACGCGGUGGCCGUGGAGGUCGUGGUGCACCCGGGCUUCAGCGCGCAGGAGGGCACCAGCGCCUACAGCGACGACCUGAUGCUGCUGCGCGUGGAGCCGCCGCUCACGCUCACGAGCUACGUGCAGCCCCUGGCGCUGCCCAGCGCCGUCGCCAGCCCCGGGACCAACUGCACCGUCAUGGGCUGGGGCACCACGACCAGCCCCACGGAGUCCUACCCUGACAGCCCGCAGUGCGUGAACGUCUCCGUGGUGGCCGAUGACGAGUGCCAGGCCAUCUACGGCGACACCGUCACCGCGGACAUGCUGUGCGCCGGCGUGGCCGAGGGGGGCAAGGACUCCUGCCAGGGUGACUCGGGAGGUCCCCUCCUGUGCGACGGGGAGCUCCAGGGCAUCGUCUCGUGGGGCGACCACCCCUGCGGGCAGGCGGGCCGGCCGGGCGUCUACAGCCGCGUCUACAACUACCUCGCGUGGAUCCAGGAGACCAUGGGGGAGGAGCGCAUGGCCAUGGAGCUGCUGCCCUUCGUGCUGCUCCUCCUGGUGACAGUGGUGACGCCGCCCCGGCACCUCAUCUGCGCCAACGUGGAGAUCGUCCCGCAGCCCUUCUGCCGCCAGGCCUACCCGGGCCGCGUCACGGACAACAUGUUCUGCGCCGGCGUCCCGGACCGGCGCGUCGACUCCUGCCAGGGUGACUCUGGGGGUCCCCUGUCCUGCAACGGGACCCUGCAGGGCCUGGUGUCCUGGGGGCUCCAGACCUGUGCCCUGCCCGGCCGGCCCGGCGUCUACACGCGGGUCUGCAACUACGUGCGCUGGAUCGAAGAGAAGAGGGGGGACCAGGAGGGGACAGGGACACCCUGA